GUCCCAGACUGUAGAGGAGCGGGGGCUGAGAAGAGGCAACCCAGAGCCAUGGCGGCGGUGGCGGCGGCGGCGGCGGCAUUGCGGGCCCGGAUCCUCCAGGUCUCUUCCAAGGUGAAUUCCAGUUGGCAGCCAGCAUCCUCCUUCUCUUCAUCUUCAGUGCCAACUGUAAAACUCUUCAUUGAUGGGAAAUUUAUUGAAUCCAAAAGUGACAAAUGGAUCAACAUCCACAAUCCCGCCACCAAUGAGGUCAUUGGUCGGGUCCCUCAGUCCACCAAGGCUGAAAUGGAGGCAGCAGUUUCUUCCUGCAAACGUACUUUUCCCGCGUGGGCAGACACUUCAAUAUUAAGCCGUCAGCAGGUCCUGCUCCGCUAUCAACAACUCAUUAAAGAAAACUUGAAAGAAAUUGCCAGGUUGAUCACGCUGGAACAAGGGAAGACCCUGGCGGAUGCUGAAGGAGAUGUGUUUCGAGGCCUCCAGGUGGUUGAGCAUGCCUGCAGUGUGACGUCCCUCAUGCUGGGGGAGACCAUGCCAUCCAUCACCAAAGACAUGGACCUUUAUUCCUACCGUCUGCCUCUGGGGGUGUGUGCAGGCAUUGCUCCGUUCAAUUUUCCUGCCAUGAUCCCCCUUUGGAUGUUUCCCAUGGCCAUGGUGUGUGGAAAUACCUUCCUGAUGAAACCAUCAGAGCGAGUCCCUGGAGCAACUAUGCUUCUCGCCAAACUGUUUCAGGACUCUGGUGCCCCUGAUGGAACACUGAAUAUCAUCCAUGGACAACAUGAAGCUGUAAAUUUUAUUUGCGAUCAUCCGGAUAUCAAAGCAAUCAGCUUUGUGGGAUCCAACCAGGCAGGAGAGUACAUCUUCGAGCGAGGGUCAAGACAUGGCAAGAGAGUUCAAGCCAAUAUGGGAGCCAAGAACCAUGGAGUAGUCAUGCCAGAUGCGAAUAAGGAAAAUACCCUGAACCAGUUGGUUGGGGCAGCAUUUGGAGCUGCUGGUCAACGCUGCAUGGCUCUUUCAACAGCAAUCCUUGUGGGAGAAGCUAAGAAGUGGCUGCCAGAGCUGGUAGAACGUGCCAAAAAACUAAGAGUCAAUGCAGGAGACCAGCCUGGAGCUGAUCUUGGCCCUCUGAUCACUCCCCAGGCAAAAGAGCGUGUCUGUAACCUGAUUGAUAGUGGAACAAAGGAAGGAGCUUCCAUCCUUCUUGACGGGCGAAGUAUUAAAGUCAAAGGUUAUGAAAAUGGGAACUUUGUUGGGCCAACCAUCAUUUCAAAUGUCAAGCCAAACAUGACCUGUUACAAGGAGGAGAUUUUUGGCCCAGUUCUUGUAGUUCUGGAAACAGACACUUUGGAUGAAGCCAUCAAGAUUGUAAAUGACAACCCAUAUGGAAAUGGAACAGCCAUCUUCACCACCAAUGGAGCCACUGCUCGGAAAUAUUCCCACUUGGUGGAUGUUGGGCAGGUUGGGGUGAAUGUGCCCAUUCCAGUGCCUUUGCCAAUGUUCUCAUUUACCGGCUCUCGCGCUUCCUUCAGGGGAGACACCAAUUUCUAUGGCAAACAGGGCAUCCAAUUCUAUACUCAGCUAAAGACUAUCACUUCUCAAUGGAAAGAAGAAGAUGCUUCUCUUUCCUCACCUGCUGUAGUCAUGCCUACCAUGGGCCGUUAGAAACAAGUCUGUUCCAGACUCGGUGCAUACUGAGUAAUCACUGUUUAUUUUUGACCAAUUCCAACUGCCUACUUUACUCAGAUCCCGGGGAUUGGAAUACCUUGUAACUAAAAUCUUUCUCAGGACCAUUGACCCCUGUUAAGUUGCUAAUAGGGAGACUCCUAGAGUAACUCUGAAACCAGAUUUUCACUUGCUCUUCAUAAUUUUAUUUUUGAGGUCACUGUUCUAACUGUGAAAUGCUUAUCUGGAAUAAGAGCUUAGACCUGUUUUCUAAAAAUUGUCCCCAUUUCUGAUGAAUGACGUGGAGGGAACAUUAGUGUGUGUAAAGAAGAUCUCCCAAGGAAGAGGAGCUCUUGGACGGAGACAUAGGUCAUAAUUCACCCUUUGGUUGAUCCUCACACAGUCCUACAUAAAUGCCAGUGGGUCAAACCCCUCUGCCAGGCUUUUCGGAGCCUCUCAUUUAUCCCACAUUACAAAGACAUAAUCCAUCUCUGCUUAUCCCACAGUUGUGACAACUGCUGCUUUCUUUCCUGCUGAAUGCCACUUUGUCCUAGUGAUUCAUGAUCACAAAUUCUACCAUUGUCACUAUUCCUGCUUCGUAAAACCACUUACUAUGGAUACCUCAACUUUUUGGAUAAAUCAACUUUUUGUUGUUUGUGCCAAGUGUUAAAUUUCAGGGUUUGCUUCAGUAAUCAUUAAUUAGUGCGUCAGUCAUUAAUUUAGAUGCCAGCAGGUUUUGUUUUAUUUUUAAGAAAACUAUUUCAGAAGUUAUAUUAGGCCCAGAAAUCAAGAGGUGUUCCAACCAUGAAAGUGAGCCAGACUCUUUUUUUUUUUUAUGUUCAAUAGAAUCUCACAUUUAUUGAGAAAUGAUCAAUGGUUAAAAAAAAGGCAAUGCCCUUUUCUCAUUAGUUGAACAAGAAACUGAAGAAACAUUACCUAUAUGUUUUAUAAUAUUUUUCUCUUCCAAAAUUUAUUUCUGAAAACAAGUUUUAACCACUGUUCUGCACUUUGAAAUAAAAUUAAUCCAGACUAAAUCAGUAUAAUGGACAAGGACAGAAGAUUUCUUAGGACUCCUGGUACUCUACUUUGAGUAACAAAGGGUCAGAGAAAAUGAACCACUCUUGAAGAUACAACCUUGGGUAACACUGUUAAAUUCUCCAAACAAAAAUUCUUCCUGAAAAUAUCUGGACUAGAGACCCAAAACCUUCAAACUCAAGUGUUCUCCAAGUGUGAGCAAGAUUCUUACCUAAAGUAAGUCUAACCUGAUACUACUUGCUGCAUUUUUUAUAUUGUGCUUUGCUCUUGCCUGCAUUUCUCAUUUGUGAUACUUUUAAUGAAAGACCCCUUAAUGUAAAGUAAUUGAUUAGGGCCUAAGAAAUUUCAAAGCUCUCUAUGUGUGAGGUAGUAGAAGAAGUGCAUUGACAGCUCUUCUGCAAACGUCUUUAUGCUUUUUGUUUCUUUGCUAUAGCUCAACUUUAAGUCAGAACAUAAAUUUAUGUAUUAAACAGAAUAGAUUGUUUCUGCUCUACCAUGCUGGCUGUUAAACAGAAUAGAUUGUUUCUGUUCUACCAUGCUGGCUGAAUCCUGUCUUUCUGAUAUGGUCUUCACCCACUGAACUAGGGAAAGGCUUCUCAUUUCUGAUAGAGUUCUGGUUGUCAGGCAGAUGAUAGAAAGUCACAACCUUCAAUCAUUUAAGGUGACUGAACUUUAAUAAAAUAUGUUUUAUGACCCUGCUGGCCCAUUUUUUUUUUAGGGGGGGAGGUCUGCCUUCCUAAAGGUGAGGCAAUAGAAAUUUAUAAUUUUGUAAUAGAAUGCUCCUUGUUUUAUCUCUUAUUACAGCUGGUAACUGAUAGUAAUACUUAAUUCAGUCCAACAACUACAGGCUGGGUUGAAUGAAAGGUCAUUUUUGUCUAAAUUCCAAGUGGAAUUAAAUAUAAUCCCAGAGACACCUAAGUUUUCCUUACAUAUAAGGGAAAUCACUCUUUAAGAAAUACUAACUCAUCAGAACUGUGUUGCUAUAAUUAGAAUCAAGUCAUUUGGCUAGCUAUUUGCUGCUCAGAAGAGUUUCUUAUUUCUUAGAUGGAAAAAAAAUCUGUACAGUUCAUGCUAGUAGCAGCUAAAAAAGUGGCCUCGUUUGAAAUUUCUCAGAUUCUACAUUGUACUAAUUGAUUAUGUACAACAAAUUACAAG